AUGUCCGAAGAAGAACAGGAACAGCAACGGCAGCAGCAGCGAUGGGAUUCGCGACCAGUGUCCACCAUUGCCCAGAACUUCGCUGCCGACCUCGAUUCCAUGUUUGGGCUGACCCCAGAGGUGGAGGAGCUGUCAAAGAAUGUUGAGCAAAACUCUGGUGAGCAAGAACUGCAGGAGUUGGAAGCUAGGUUGAAAGCGGCUGAGCAGCGACUGGCUCGCGUUUCGAGACACAAUUCGCCGUCGCGCGUGGCUGAAUCUGGAGAGGACGCCCAGCAAGCUAGUGGAGAGGCAGCAAGGCCGCAUCCGCUCGCACAGAGACCGUCUUAUCCCGUCGAUCGACCUGCAACAUCAGACGAGACGGAGAUUGCCCAGCGCGAGGGCAGACAGCCUAUGAUGAUGGGCAUGGCGAACGGAGCGACGACUGCACCGCAGCAGAUGAACGGCGAAUAUGCGAGGAGCCAGAGAGGGUACGGUUAG